AUGGCCACUGAUGAUGAGAAAGUUUACACCCAUGAAGAAAAGAUUGAAAAACUUGAGUACACGGUUGACAACUUAAAGAAAGCUAUUGAAGACCUGCAAAGAACUCAGGAUGAAAAAUUGCAGCAACUUGAAGACCGAUUUCAAAAGUUUGAAGCCAUGCACAGUGGCUCUGCAACAUUGAAACAGUGCAAGGAAACCCGUGGUAAUAAAGCAGUGAUGGAUCAUGUUGUUAAUCAGGAACUGCAUCCUGGACCAAUUGAUGAGUCUGUAUUAAAUCUACAGCAUGAUCAUAGGUCCACAUCCGUAUGGCGGGGGCAAGAUUUUGAGCCACUUACAUGUAGGAGGUGUGAUGGUGCAUUUUGGCGUUUAGGUGCAUUGGACCCUCGUGUACAAAAAUUGAUGAUAAAAGCUGGAUUUUAUGGUGUGUAUAAGGCUGGGCAUAUACAAUUAGAUCACGCGUUAAUCACAGCACUUGUUGAGAGAUGGCGCCAGGAAACUCACACGUUUCAUUUACCUAUUGGAGAGGCUACUGUCACUCUGCAGGAUGUCUCUGUUAUGUGGGGUCUUCCGAUAGAUGGUGAGCCGGUCACGGGGCAUGAUAUAACUCGCACAACAGAGGAAUGGCAAGAAAUGUGUGAGGAACUGUUGGGAUUUAGACCGCCAUUGAGUGCUUUUGAUAGCGGACGUCUCAAACUGAAAUGUAUAGAGGAUCAUUUUGAUCUUGAGCCAUUACAACCAGAUGCCCCAGAUCAUGUCGUAGAAUUCUUUGCUAGAGCACACAUACUCCAGCUUCUUGGUGGUUUAUUGCUCCCAGAUGCCUCAAAUAAUAAGGUGAAGUUAAUGUUUUUGCCACUGUUGUGGGAUUUCGACGCUGCUGGUAAACUCAGUUGGGGAAGUGCAGUCCUUGCUUCACUAUACCGUGCAUUGUGUCGAGCUACUAAGCCGAAUGUUGAUGGUGUAUGUGGUCCCUUGGUGCUUCUACAGCUAUGGGCAUGGGAGAGAAUCCCUCUCAUCCGUCCAGAGAGGCUAACCCCACGAGAACAAUCACUUCAUGUUCCCAGUGAAGAAGAUCACCCUUUGCCUGCUGGUCCUUAUGGCUCUAGGUGGGAUGUGGGCUUUAAGCUUGAAAAGAUAGGAAUGCAUGUAUUGGUUGUGUACAGGGACAUAUUGGACUGCAUGAAGGAUGACCAGUUUGUGUGGCAACCAUAUGCAUAUAUCAUUGGCAGUUUGCCAGACUACUGCUUGUCUGGCCGUGAGAUUUGGCAAACAGUGUCCCCUCUUCUAUGUUUUGAUGUAGUAGAAAUGCAUUAUCCAGAUCGAGUUUUACGUCAAUUUGGCCAGCACCAGAAUAUCCCUAGCGAUUGUGACACUUUUCGAGAACUCCACUCAGUUGAUCGACGCGGAAGACAAAACACUGAUUGGGUCCAACACCACAAGCAGUACGUUGACAUGUGGUCAAACCGCCGAGCUCGUGUAGUCUGCCAGCCUCUGAUUGAUGGCCCUAUGGGGUACUCUGAUCCGUACAUGAUAUGGUAUCGUCGGAUUACCCGUCUACUGAUUGGAAACCCUGCCAAUCGUACAGAUAAUGGAUAUCAAGGGGUUGGUGGCAUCAUUGAACUCAUGGCUCAAAGCUUGCAACGCAUAUAUCAUCGGUGCAUUGAUGCUAUAAAUCAGUCAGAUGAGGGUGCCAAUUCGGACACGCUGAGAGAAAUCCAGGACAUAUGUAAAAAUGCUUUAAGGGGAGCACAUGAAGAUAGACGUCUUGCUUUACGUCCUGAGCUAGCUCAACCAUCUAUAAUGGUUGGUAAAGCCAGCCCAUCUCAGGUUAAGCGUCGAAGGCCAAGAAGAGGAGGAAAAAUUGGAACAUUACUUGGUGAAAGGUCAGCAUACAGUUCUGGAGACAUUUAUUCACCUUCAGCUCAUUAUACAAUGCUUCCAUGUACUCCAUCAUCGCAACCAUACCCUUCGCCUUCAUAUUCACAUGAAGCCUUUACACCUGAUGUCGAGCCAUAUGUUACACUGGCUCCUGAAGUAGCUCAUGAGGAGAUACCUACGGAUAACAAGGUUGAGACUGAUGCUUCUUUGUCGGAGCACAUUGAUAUUGUGACUGUAGCCCCAAUGCAACAGGAUAGUUCCACAAUGCCGCAACUGAUAAACAGUCCGCAGCCUAACAUUUCAGAAUUGGAUAAUAUGGUUGGAGCUAUUGCUGUCUCACCAUCUUCAGCUACAGAUAUGUUUAUUCCAUCAGAAUCUUUAUGUUCACAGGAGGAUGAUAUGAUUAUGUCCGUUUCAGAGAGAUCAAAAUUGAAGAAGAGGAAGGCAAAGUGUUAA